AUGACGAGACAAGAAGAAAGAAAUUCUCUGGCGGCCUUUCAGUUGAUUACAAUUAUUAAAAUUUUAUCGCUGCUGUCUAAUAAAAAGAAGGUUGCAAUAGUUUAUUUACUUAACGCAUCAUUGUCUUACAAUAUUUUUGAAUGCAAAUCAUUUAAUUCGACCUUCAUUGAAGUGAUAACAUUACGAACUUCUGAGUGCCAACAGAAUAUUUUUCAACAUGAAGAGGAAUCGACUAAUCAACUAAGAAUGAUCACAGGAAGUCGCUUUGGUUAUGUGAGAAAAAUGAAGCGAUGGAAUGUAAGCCCCAGCUUCUGCGAAGGACUUCAAAUGACUACUCUUCUACUUUUAACUAAAUCACCAUCAGAAUAA